UAAAAAUUGCAUUGCAUUGCAUUGCUAUUGCAUUUGUUAUUGUCGUAUUAUUUUUAAUCAGUUCCGUAGUGGGUUUUGCUUACAGCAACACAGUUUAACAUUAAUUAUUGGAUAUUCUAGAUCCGUUAUUUUUACUAUGUUGUAUAUUAUACUAAUCCUUGUGAUAUUAUUAUGGUUUAUUUUAUGGAUACUGCAGCAUGGAUACUGGAAUUAUCAAAGGAAUAAAUAUCUUAAACAAAUACCGGGACCAAAACCUGUUUUCCUAUUUGGCAAUAUGAAUUUUUUUUUGUUCUUGCCCAGAGAAAAAUAUUUUUCGAAGCUGCAAGAAUUUAUAAACCAAUAUGGACCAAUGUUUAGAGCGCACGUGGGGCCUACUAUAGACGCCGUUAUAUGUGCCGAUGUUAAAUUUGCAGAAUUUAUUUUAACAUCUUCGAAAGCAAUGAAGAAAUCCUUGGUAUACGGUUUUCUUCAUGGAUGGCUGGGAAAAGGUCUUCUCACUAGUACAGGAACAAAAUGGAAACAGCAUAGGCGCAUGCUUACUCCAACUUUUCAUUUCUCCAUUUUGGAAAGUUAUGUUGACAUAUUUGACAGAGUUGGAGAUAUUUUCAUUAGAACAUUAAAGCAACAAGUAAACACAGCCUCAUUAAAUGUGUUUCCUUUAGUUACUUUGUGUACUUUAGACAUUAUUUCUGAGGCGGCGAUGGGUAUUCAAAUAAAUGCCCAAGAAUCCCAAACAUCAGAAUAUGUAAAGUCUGUGAAUACAAUGUGUAACAUAUUUAUUGGUAGAGUGACGUCUCCUAUCCCACAUUUCUUGUACCGUUUGACGCCAACUUACUACAGAGAACGGAAAGCUAUCAGAAUAUUACAUGACCAGACAGACAAAAUCAUUGAUAUUAAAAUGGAAGAAAGAAGUAAAAACGCAAACAACCAACAGGAUCAAAGUAACCAACAGGAUCAAAGUACUAGGAAAAGGCUUGCAUUUUUAGAUUUACUCUUGGAGAGUUCUAUUGAUAGUAAACCAUUAUCUAGACUGGACAUUCGAGAAGAAGUUGAUACGUUUAUGUUUGCGGGUCAUGAUACUACAGCAACAGCCAUAAGCUUUGCUUUAUAUUGUUUAGCAAUGAACCCCAAUGCACAGGAACAAGCAUUUAUUGAACAGACAGAAAUGUUUGGUAAAAAUUUAAAAACGGCUAAACCGACUAUACAUCAGCUUCAAGAAAUGAAAUAUUUGGAAAUGGUAAUAAAGGAAUCUUUACGAUUGUAUCCUUCUGUACCAAUUUUGGGUAGAACAAUAUCUGAUGAGGAGGAAUUUACAUGGGAAGGUAGUGUCUUUAGGAAAGGUAUUGAAGUUGUGAUUUCUAUUUAUCAUAUGCACCGAAACCCAAAAUAUUUCCCAGACCCAGAUAAAUUUAUUCCUGAACGUUUCGAAGAAGCUAAUAAAUACAGUAGUUUUAUAUUUCUUCCAUUUAGUGCUGGAUUUCGAAACUGUAUAGGUCAGAAAUUCGCAAUGUUGGAAAUGAAGAGUGUUAUUUCAAAGGUUUUAAGAAAUUUUGAAUUACUUCCGACUGAUCCACCACAUGAGGUUAAAAUAGUUCCAAACGUUGUAAUUGCAUCUACAAAUGGAAAUCACUUAAGAUUAAGAAAUAGGUCUGAUUAGUAAUAAAACUUUUAUUUAUAAACUUUUAAAAUAAAAAUGUGUGUACAGUUA